AUGUCAGGUAAUAAUUUAUUAGAAAAUAUCAAAACAAGUACAAAGGAAUUAGUGGAUUUGUGUAAUUGGAUAUCAAUUUCACAAUCAUCUUUGCCUGCGUUGAUUGACGCGCUGAAGGGUACGUUGCAAGAUGCUCGUCCAUUAAAGUUUCCUUUAAAUUUUAAAAGUAUAGAGGAUGAAGUGAAUUUUGUUGCUCUCUAUGGUCUAGUAAGUUUUGGCUCUGGCUUCCGAGAACAACUUCACGAAGCAAUUGGACGUGGUGCACAAGAAGCUUCGCUGUUUUUGAUGCUGUCCAUUUAUAUUUCCAACGAGAACGGAAUCCCAGAUGCCACUCACUUAACAAACAUCAAAGAACACGAUAUCCAAUCUUGGAUGAAUCUCCCUGCUAUAGAAGAAACGCCAGUGGAAUCCCUUCCUGGAGUCUUUGCAGUUUCUUCUAGUCACUUGAUGGAAUUGGUGAAGAAAAUGACUUUUGUACUUAAUUCUACGGGAGAGAUUUUAAAGAAGGAAAACUUCUCGUCAUUGGGAGAAUUCUGCCUUCGAUAUGGCAACAGCAAGGAUCCUUCAAUCCUUAUCCAUGCGCUCGUUAGCACGUUUCCAGCAUUUCAUGAUAUCGAGCAAGUUUUUGGAAAAGAAGUUUAUUUAUUAAAAAAGGCACAAGUAGUUGCUUACCAGCUAUCGCUUUUGUAUCCCGACAGAUUUGGUCGUCAAGGGUUGUGUAUUUUCGCCGACAAUGUUAUACCAACUGUCCUAUAUCUUUAUGGAGUCCUAGAAAUUCCUAAUGAGUUAAAAGCAAAGUUGGAGAAUAAGACGCCAUUAGAAAAAGAAGAAAUAGUUGUGCUUCGAGCGUCUUCUGUUUUUGUCUGCGAAUUGAUUUCCGAAAGAACUAAAAUCCCAUCUCCUCAAAUAGAUCAAGCUCUCUGGAAGUUAGGAAAGUUCUCACCUGAAAUACGAAAUUCUCCACGUUUCUUAUACCAAGACACCAUUAUGUUUUAA